AUGGCCAGUGUGGAGGAAGGCCUCCUCUCCUCUCCCCAGCUGCUCAACAGGGAGGAAGCCUACGAGAAGCGCUUCCCCACCUGCCCGCAGAUCCCGGUCUUCCUGGGCAGCGAGGUCCUGCGUGAGUCCCGCAGCGCCGACGGCGCGGUGCAUGUGGUGGAGCGGAGCUGCCGGCUGCGCGUGGAGGCCCCGCGGCUGCUGCGCAAGAUCGCCGGCGUGGAGCACGUGGUCUUCGUGCAAAGAAACGUCUUGAACAGGAAGGAGAGGACGCUCCUUAUCGAAGCGCACAACGAGACCUUCGCCAACCGCGUGGUGGUCAAGGAGAACUGCAGCUACAGGGUCCACCCUGAGAAUGAAGACUGGACGUGCUUUGAGCAAUCUGCCUCACUUGACAUCCGGUCCUUCUUUGGCUUUGAAAGCGCCUUGGAGAAGAUCGCCAUGAGGCAGUACACGGCCAACGUCAAGAGGGGAAAGGAGGUGAUCGAGCAUUACCUGAACGAGCUCAUCUCCCAGGGCACCUCUCACAUUCCCCGGUGGACGCCUGCCCUCACCCGAGAAGAAGAAGCCCUCUCCCAGGCUGGGCAGAGGGAGCCCAGCUCACUGGAGGUCUGUGGGCCCAGCAGUGCCCAGGACCCGGCUCCCGAGUCAGUCAGUACUGAUGGUAGGUCUCAGGCAGCCGGCCAGUUCUGCCCUGGGAGCCACGGACUGGCUCGUUUCUCCAUCAGGAAUGGGCUGAUCCGCCCUUUCUUCUAA